CGCCCGAGCGAAGCCAUGGCACCCAAGAAAGCCAAGAAGAGGAUCGAAGGUGCUAAUUCCAACGUCUUCUCCAUGUUCGAGCAGGCCCAGAUCCAGGAAUUCAAAGAGGCGUUCACCAUCAUGGACCAGAACCGGGACGGCUUCAUCGACAAGGCGGAUCUGAGAGAUACGUUUGCUGCUCUCGGGCGCCUGAAUGUGAAAAACGAGGAGAUCGAGGAGAUGAUAAAGGAGGCGCCCGGCCCCAUCAACUUCACCGUGUUCCUCACCAUGUUCGGGGAGAAACUCAAGGGUGCCGACCCGGAGGAGACGAUCCUGAACGCGUUCAAGGUGUUUGAUCCGGAGGGCAAAGGGCUGAAAUCCGCCUACAUCAAAGAAAUGCUGAUGACGCAGGGCGAGAGGUUUUCCCAGGAAGAGGUUGACCAGAUGUUCGCUGCCUUCCCCCCAGACGUCUCCGGCAACCUCGAUUACAAAAACCUCGUCCAUGUCAUCACACACGGUGAGGAGAAGGACUAGACCGUGCUCGUGCCCAGCGCUGGGGUUGGCUCUGCGGGAUCACCUCUCUCCUUCUCACACCGGGGGUCCCUUUGCCCCUCUCCCUGGUCCUCUCCAUGCUGGAGAUUUGCUCAUUGUGGGG